CAUAUUGACAGAGCCGGGAGCGGGGAGGGGGCCCCCCGAGAAGCUGGGUGGGGGCGGGGGUAGUCAGAGCCUGGCGACAGUCGCGGCGGCGGCGGCGGCGGCGGCGGCGGCGGCGGCGGCGGUGCCGAGCGGAGCCCAGCGGCAGCUACCGGAGAGACAGCGCGGAGUUGUCUCCUCUAUGGGGAGCAGCAGCCUGCGGCGGGGGUGACCUCCUGCUCCCAGCCUGUGGGGGACACUGUGGCGAGGGCAGCGGUCGCCGAGGGCGGGGCUGGGAGUCGCGGCGGCGGCGGCGGCGGCGGCGGCGGCGGCGGGCAACCUCCAAAGACAGGAUGCGCGGCGGUGCUGGAGGUUGGCAGCUCCCGUCCGAGCGCUCCUGAAGGGGCGAUGCUGCCGUUCGCUCCUCUGGAGGAGCCCUGGGACGAAGACAUGGAGGUGUUCGGUGGCAGCGCGACCGGCGGCGAGGUAAAUCAUCUUAAAGUGGUUGAUGAACCAAUGGAAGAGGGAGGAGCAGAUUCUUGCCAAGAUGAAGGAGUUGUUAAAGAAAUUCCCAUUACUCAUCAUGUUAAGGAAGGAUAUGAGAAAGCAGACCCUGCACAGUUUGACUUGCUCAAGGUUCUUGGUCAGGGAUCCUUUGGAAAGGUUUUUCUUGUUAGAAAGAAGACUGGUCCUGAUGCUGGGCAGCUUUAUGCAAUGAAGGUGUUAAAAAAAGCUUCUUUAAAAGUUAGAGACAGAGUUCGGACAAAGAUGGAGAGAGAUAUACUGGUGGAAGUAAAUCAUCCAUUUAUUGUCAAAUUGCAUUAUGCCUUUCAGACUGAAGGGAAGCUGUAUUUAAUACUGGAUUUUCUCAGGGGAGGCGAUGUCUUCACAAGAUUAUCCAAAGAGGUUCUGUUUACAGAGGAAGACGUGAAAUUCUACCUUGCAGAACUAGCCCUUGCUUUGGAUCAUCUGCACCGAUUAGGAAUUGUGUAUAGAGACCUGAAGCCUGAAAACAUUCUGCUUGAUGAAAUAGGACAUAUCAAGUUAACAGAUUUUGGACUCAGCAAGGAAUCAGUAGAUCAAGAAAAGAAGGCCUACUCGUUUUGUGGUACAGUGGAGUAUAUGGCUCCUGAAGUAGUAAAUAGGAGAGGUCAUUCCCAGAGUGCUGAUUGGUGGUCAUAUGGUGUGCUUAUGUUUGAAAUGCUUACUGGUACUCUGCCAUUUCAAGGUAAAGACAGAAAUGAGACCAUGAAUAUGAUAUUAAAAGCAAAACUUGGAAUGCCUCAGUUUCUUAGUGCUGAAGCACAAAGUCUGCUAAGGAUGUUAUUCAAAAGGAAUCCAGCAAAUAGAUUGGGUUCAGAAGGAGUUGAGGAAAUCAAAAGACAUAAUUUUUUUGCAAAUGUUGACUGGAAUAAAUUAUAUAAAAGAGAAGUUCAACCUCCUUUCAAACCUGCUUCUGGAAAGCCAGAUGAUACUUUCUGUUUUGACCCAGAAUUUACUGCAAAAACACCUAAAGAUUCUCCUGGUUUGCCAGCCAGUGCUAAUGCUCAUCAACUCUUCAAAGGAUUCAGCUUUGUUGCAACAUCUAUUGCAGAAGAAUAUAAAAUUACUCCUAUCACAAGUGCAAAUGUAUUACCAAUUGUUCAGAUAAAUGGAAAUGCUGCGCAAUUUGAUGAAGUAUAUGAAUUGAAAGAAGAUAUAGGUGUUGGCUCAUAUUCUGUUUGCAAGCGAUGCAUACAUACGGUGACCAACAUGGAGUUUGCAGUGAAGAUCAUUGACAAAAAUAAGAGAGAUCCCUCGGAGGAAAUUGAAAUUUUGAUGCGAUAUGGACAGCACCCCAACAUUAUCACUUUAAAGGAUGUUUAUGAUGAUGGUAGAUAUGUUUACCUUGUUACGGAUUUGAUGAAAGGAGGAGAGCUGCUCGACCGUAUUCUCAAACAAAAAUGUUUCUCAGAACGGGAAGCCAGUGAUGUGCUGUUUGUAAUAACUAAGACAGUUGACUAUCUUCAUUGCCAAGGAGUUGUUCAUCGUGAUCUUAAACCUAGUAAUAUUUUAUACAUGGAUGAAUCAGCUAGUGCAGACUCCAUUAGGAUCUGUGAUUUUGGAUUUGCAAAACAGCUUCGAGGAGAAAAUGGACUUCUCUUAACUCCAUGCUACACAGCAAACUUUGUAGCACCAGAGGUUCUUAUGCAACAGGGCUAUGAUGCUGCUUGUGAUAUUUGGAGUCUGGGAGUCCUUUUUUACACAAUGUUGGCUGGCUACACUCCGUUUGCUAAUGGCCCCAAUGAUACUCCUGAAGAGAUACUGCUGCGUAUAGGCAAUGGAAAGUUCUCUUUGAGUGGUGGAAACUGGGACAAUAUUUCAGAUGGAGCAAAGGAUUUGCUUUCCCAUAUGCUACAUAUGGACCCACAUCAGCGGUACACUACAGAACAAGUAUUAAAACACUCAUGGAUAACCCACAGAGACCAGUUGGCGAGUGAUCAGCCAAAUAGAAGUGAUACAUCACAUGUCAUUAAGGGAGCAGUGGUAGCCACAUAUUCGGCCCUGACUCGCAAGACCUUCCAGCCAGUCCUGGAGCCUGUUGCUGCCUCAAGCUUAGCUCAGCGACGGAGUAUGAAGAAGCGCACCUCAACGGGCUUGUAAGAUUCCCAGUGCUUCUCAGCCAAACUGGACAAAGAGAAAAUUAAGUGUGUGGCUUUUGCCUAAUCUUAUAUUAAAGGCAUUGUUUUCUGCUACAUUACUUGAAUAUUCUGUGUAAGCCUCCUUAUUUAGGGGGAGUGAGAUUAAAAAUUAAACAUACACAGGUCCACGAUAUUCAUAAUGUUGUUUUUCAGUAGUGUCCAAGAUUUACUUAAGUAUAUGAUUGGUGUUCAUAAAGUCCUAACAACUUCUCUGCACACUCACUUCAAUAGUUCCUUUUAAAUAAUGUUACUUUAAUUAUUUUUCUGGUUUUAUACGAUAAUGGUUGGGGGGAUCAUUACCAAUAAUCAAGAUGCAAAUAUGAUAGUAUAAUGUCAGUCAAUUUCAGUUUUUUAAUAUCAAAUCCUGAAGGAUAGGCUUAAAAAAAAGCGAGCUGAAAGUGUAUUGUAGAAGCUUGUUAUUGUGCACAACCAAAGGACUCCAUUCAUUUUAUAGUAACUCCACUCUAGUUAACUAAAAUGUAGACAUGGCAGUUUGGUGCCAGAGAAAAAGUUUUCUGUGCUAAUAUGUGAACUCCUGAUAUGGUUGUUGCCAAAGUUUUUACAGAACUAAGUCACAGAUAAGGUAUGCAGUCAGACCUGUAUAUUGUCCAUAAGUGGCCUCAUCUAGAAAUAAAGAUUUCCAUAAGGCUUCUGUAAAUUUCACCUCUAAAGGAACUGGAGUAACAGUGAAGAAUUUUUUAGUCAAAGGCUUUAUAUUGGUGUUCUGACCUGCUAAAUAGGUCAUAAUUAAGCCUUUGAAAAUAAAAUACAUGGUGUUCACACUACCUUGGUGUUAUGUAAGCUAACUUUUAGGUGAACCAGUUGGAUUUAGACAUUAUUGUCCUUCCAGAAACUACACUGUUGUUUUUUGGGUUUCCAUGUGCUUUGAAUUACAGUGUAGCAUAUUAGUCUACCUUGAAUCCUAUGGCAAUGUAGUUGAAAUUUUACUGUAGUGGGCUUGUGAGCUUAGCACACAUGAUAUAGUAUAAUGCAUUUCAGUAAACUUUAGACAAUGCUACGUAAUAGUUAAACUUUCAAAAAGAUGAACUGAAAUUUUAAAAUAGGAAGUAAUAUUAAUAAUCUACAUAAAAUUUUAACACAUUUUUAAAUUAUAUUAUAAAAGAAAUCUGGCCAAAUUGAUCCGGUCUUAUUCAAUUUAUGAUUCAGAACCACUGUGUAUUAGGUAUUGUAUUAUCUAAAUGAUGAAAUUUUAAAGAAUCUUUUUGUGUUGUUGAAUAAGAUACCAUUACUACUACUGCUACUACUACUACUAUUACUACUACUACUACUACUACUACUACUACUACUGACAGAAAGAACACAUGAAUGUAAACUUGGAGGAUUUAACAGUUUUGUUUCGUGAAUAUAAAUGAACUACUUGUGUGUGUUAGGUGUACUGUUUGCUGUGUAUUUUAUUUUGCUUAGUUCAGAGAGAGAGUUGAUUUCUGAUUGAAGUAUACAAUUUAGUCUAGGAGACAUAACUUUGGUAUUUAAUAAAAGAAACUAUACAUAUUCUCUAUAAUGUAAGUGAUAUAUAUUCCCUGCACAAAGAUCUGUUUUUUGGAUGUGGUGUAUAAAGUAUAUGUCUUUAUUUUGAAAUGUCUUUUUGCAGUAAUUCAAAGACAUUAAAGAACAUCUAAUGUCACAUGGAAAACAGUACUUAGAACUAGACUGGUAUUAUAUCUUGUCGAUUUUUGUGCCCCAAUUUGGCUUUUCCUUUCCUCGUUUUGCUUUAUGACUAUAUGUAAUUGCACAUAACAAUGUGUGCUCAUGCACUUAUUUUUGUCUUGCCAUUAUCUUCUUUGUGCUAUUAUGGCUUCCUAUCAAAAUUAAUAUGACAAACUCAGAGGUAUGAUUUUGAUGUUUAACUUUUCAGAACAGAGAUACUAUUUCCAUGUGUGCUUUUCUAGUAAUAGAAUUAGGGUUAGUGAAAUUGGAAAAUGAAAACUGAUCAAAAAAUAACUUUGUCUUUCCAUAAUCAGUAGUUUUUUUUAAAAAAUAGAUGAUCUGAAUUAAUUUGUCAAUGAAUUUGCACAGAAUGGUCAUGCCAUACAGUCCUUCAUGAAAGGAACAAUCAGAAUUACGCAGUGAACAGCAUGAUACCUCAUCACUGAGUGAGGACUGACAAUGUAUAAAAGAAACAUAUAUGCUACUGGGUUUUUCUUACAAUUGUGCAAGACUUUUCUGGUGAAGAAUUCAAACGUGGUAGCUUAAUAGUUGUAGGGAGCAACCUUAUUUUAAGUGGAAGGUUUAAACUAUACCCUCAUUUUUUAGAAGGAACCCAAGUAGUGAUGCCGAAUCAUGUCUAUUUUGGCUACAACUGCAACGCAACAAACACAGACAUAAAUGGGAUAUUUUUUUUGAUGGGGCUUCUAUAAAUACUUAAACAGUAAAAAAUCCUUUUUAUAAGACUUCAGAAUACUUGGUUUCUAAUGGAUUCAUGAACAAUGAUUUUGCAUUGCUUUUCUUUCUAGUUGAUGUUUCUUGGUAGUGUUUCAUGAUAGCACAGUUUGGGUUUUUUAUCGUUGUCUGGAAGGGAGAAGAUAUUGUAGUUUGUUUGUUUUUUUUUCCUGAAAGGGAAAAAUACCAAUUUUACCCAGAUAGACUAACAAUCUAAUGUCCUAAAGCACAUAGUAUCAUGAAUAAACUCAGGAAACCAAUUGCAAGAAAAUUAAAGUGUAGUGCCAGAGAUGGUAAUUUUGUGGGAAAAUUGAACUUUAACCUAUUUUGUUAGAUCCAGUAACACCUAAACAUUGAUUUUUAUAAUUUAUUGCCUUUGAUAAUUAAACAUAGUAAAACAUUUUGAUAGCACCUCUGGUUAGCCCAAAGGGAUUCUGUAUCUCUAGGCAACCCACAAACUUAAGGACAGAUGCUUGGUGUUUUAUUAAAACAUGCUAAAAUAGUACUGACCACAGAAACUUAUUUAUAUUAAUUGAAUAGUAUUUUCCUGACCAUAAGAGACCCUUUAUAUCUGAAGAAGGUAGAGAACCACUUAUCUUGGCCUUAAGGUUAACUAGAAAACUUAGGCUUUAAACUAGGCAAAGCAUGUCUUUGGCAUUCUUGACAUUCUCUUCCUCUGGCUCUCCAGCCCCUGCGUGCUAUCCUAUUCAAUUACCUCACAGAGGACUCUAUGAUUAAAUUAUUCCUGAAAGAUUCUGUAACCCAAAAGAACCUCACAUCCUUCCCCUUCCUCAAAUCUGAACUUCCAUUUUCACAGAGCAGCUAUUUUCAGUGAACAGGGUGAAAGGAGAGCUAUUUCAUUCCCAUUUUUCCAUCAGUGACUAGUAGAAAAUUGGCGUUUUUCAAGAAAGAUGUCUGUUAAUCAAGCAAGUUUCUACUUGCUGGAUUUUCAGGCACUCUAACCAAAUGAGAUUAAUUUAAACUUUAAUUAUUAUCAGGGAAGACAUUUUUGGGCAAGGCAUUUACGCAGUAUGCCCCAAUAAAUUGCCAUUUGUUCAUUUAUUGUUGUUAUUAUUUGCACGGUUCUUGGCUUUCUACUUCUCAAUUUACAUUUUCUCUUAAAAGCUUCCAUGCUUUUUAAUCACAAUGAAUUUCUAUGACAGAAUGGUGUGGAGGGAGGCCGUUGUUGUUAAACCAAUAUUUAUCUGUAGUCUCCGUUUCUCACAGUAUAUGACCCAGAACAUAAGGAGUCUUCCCGUGCCCCCGGGCUCCUACUCCUAUUGUAUUUACAGAGAAAAGGAGAGCUCGGAAAGGUUGAAUGCAAACUGUCAGUGGGGGUCAAAGUCUCCAGAUCCUUUGACUAGAUUUCAGGACACAGAGAUCCUAUUUAUCACAAUAUUUCUUAACAAGAAUGCAAGCCAUAUUGAGUAUAAAUUGGUCAACUGCAAUUAAACUUUUAGAACAGUUUCUUACACUUUCAGCUUAUUCAGGUUAUUUUGGCAUGUAUCACAAAAUGAAUGACUGCUAUAAAUAGUAGAGCAACUCAGUAGUGUGUUUUCUGCAUUCCUAUGCAAGACUGUAGUGGCACUGAUAGUGAUUGUUCACAAAUACAUUUUAAUCAUGAUGCACUGUUCUUGCUUUUAGUCUUACUAUAUAGUGAAGUCCAUCAUAUAAUUUUAACAAAAUGCGUGAUUGCUUAAAAUUCAAGUUGAUUGCUAAUACUUGGAAGUAUAGUAACUCCUAAAUUUUAGGCAUAACUUUCUUUGAACUCUGAAGAAAAACAGAAAGGAAAAGUAUUUUUAGAAUACAGAAAUUCAAGCUUGCUUACUUAUAUUCUAGUGCACAAAUUAUGUAUCUUUUAGUUUGUUGACCAGCAAGAAAUCUUAGCUAAAUUCUUAGAAAUAAUAUAUAUGUGAUUACCGAGUUAGGAUUUGCUCUGUAUUCACAUUUCUAAACCUUGGACAAUAGAGCAUCUGUUUUGCUUUCAUUCUAUUUGUCUAAUUACGUACAUCAGCCUCUUCAAAAAUUAUUUAUUAGGCAUCUAAUUCCAUGUGGAACAGUUCUAGACAUUGUACUCAGUGCUUUAGUUUCUUAAUAAAUUGUCAUAGUGUGACUAAUUAGGGUUAUUUGCUUUUUUUCUUUUGUAUCAACUAAUAUCGCUCAGGUCACAUUUGAGUUUUCAAGUUCUCUCUCUAUGAAGUUGAGACCAUUUGUAGCAAAAACAAAGUAAAUUUGUUUUUUUAAUAUGAUAAAUAUUUUUUUAAGAUCACAAAAGUGUUCUAACAUGAAAUAGCCAUUUUGACAGUUAUAUAGGAAAUCCUAAUUAAAUAUUCAAAUGCCAGCAUGGUUUGGAAAUGAGAAUUUAUCUUGAACUAAAUUCCACAGUACCAAAAAGGGAGAAUAUGGUGUUUCUGUGUUUAAUUUUUAAAAAGCAUUAUGUAAUAUUAGUUAACAUGGCAUUUAUGCAGAGUAAAUAGUUUGCUGUAGCCACAGUUAAAAAAAAAACAAACCACAAACAUUGUCUUGCCAACAGUUCCCAAGCACUUUGGGAUUCCUACACUUAUUUCAUGACAUAGAAAAUAUGACAUUCACUGGCUUUUUGUUGCACUCUUCAGACAGAAACGGCAUUAAAUAACAGUCAUGUGUAAAUUUGAUUCAUGUGUACUUAAAAAUGUAAAUGCGGCUAUUGAAAGAAAUGGUCCCCAGUCUUCAGAUAACUGUAUUUUCUUUUUCUGACUACAUCAUGGAGUUUAUACCAUCAUUUACUUUAUAACUGGUUUUUAAAAGCAUUGCUCUUUUUGACAUGAAAGUUUUCAUUGUUCUACAUUUUUCAUGUAAGCCCCACCCCAGUAGUGUACUUGAUAGUGCUUUUUCCCUUCACAGUGCUGCUAAAGAAAUGGCUAUAAUUUUGAAUUUACAACAUGCCAAAGAUGACAUAGAAAUUAUAUUUAUUUUGUUUUUGUUAAAACUCUGUGAGCAACAUUUAUCAACAUAUCAUGUUAAAUUACUGGCAUUUUCUGGGUACUAAAUAAAAAGGCUACAACUUUCUAACA